AUAUAUCUAGUGUAUGACGUAUCCAAAUCAAAAUUGAAAUAGUAGGCAUGGGUGUGGUAACAGAACAAAGAGUAUAUAUAAGAAAUUUCCGGAAUUAAUCUAUCCUUUUUGGUGUCUGUAACUUCCCAAGGAACAUAAGGAAUAACGCGUCUUCAUGAGGAAUAACUAAACAACAGAAACAACAACAUGUUUGCAACACGACUGUUGCUCUUACUUACCAUAAUCGGAUUAGCCAACUGCGCACUGGAAGAUAAAGAUUGCAUGAACGAUUUAUGGAAGGAGGGAAAGGUCUCGUUAGACAUGAUAUCGGUGUCUUCACAUAGCAAUGACAAGGAGCAAAUCAAAGACGACGGACAAGGAUGGUGUGGCGACAAUACCUCCAGUGAUAACUGGGUAGAAAUAGACUUUGCAGAGCCUACCAUCGUACAUGAAAUCCACCUGAUGGGGGGUAAAACCUCAGGGAACCCGAGGCAGAUUCAGAUUUUGACGGUGUUUGCUAAGCACACGUCAUGGCUCCAACUGGCGCCAACCUUUGAUGCAGAGCUACAUAAUCAUUCAGCAUCUAUCAUGAAUGCAGGAGGAAGUAACUUCAUCAAAAUGAGGAUAAACAUUUUGACUUUCGACCGCAUCCCUUGCAUACGGCUGCAACUCUUUGGCUGUUCUCCGAAAGAUGUCUGCCCUGAUUGUCAAAAUGGAGGGCAAUGCAUACAAAACGCAGGAUGUAAAUGUCCAUACGGUUUUAACGGGAAUCACUGUGAAACGGAAACAAGUAAACCACCCGUAGACGCUUGCAUGGACAGACAAGGGCUGGGAGAUAAGUCUUUGUCAUCCGAUCAUUUACGUACAUCCUCCUCUGCCCGAAGCCAAACCAAGGAUAUGGGACGACUCAACUACUGCUGUGGAGGUGACGCUAUCGGAGCCUGGUGUCCUGACCCGGCUGAUUCCAAACCUUGGUACGAGGUCACAUUCCCGUCACAAAUGGCCUUUGGUGGAUUAGAGAUCCAGCCCCCGUCCAUGCCCGGGGUUCUCACUCCACCGACACAAUUCAUGAAGACCUUUCGACUGGAGGUCGUGCUGUCGGAAGAUUCUCUUAAGCAAUGGAGGGUUGUUGCACCAUCCCUUGAAGCCAUAGCAAACAGCACCAUUAGCAAAUCCUGGUUGAAUGUCAGUCCUCACGUCGCCAUUGAUGCCUUGAGGAUAUACCCCCUGACUAAUCAGAAAGCUCCUUGUUUCCGUUUCGAUGUACUCGGCUGUGAUCCGUCAAAACUGUGCUCUACUGGUUUUUGCAAGAAUGGUGGAACAUGUGUCGGCCAGAACCAGUGUUCCUGUGCUCAAGGUUUUUAUGGAUCCGACUGCAGUGUCACUACUCUAACAACAACUGCUUUCGAAAUCACAACCAUCGUCAGUCAAGUGAUCCAAACAACGACGACUCUGACCUUCACGAUUCAUGGACAAGUGACCCUGUCUACCACAUCUCUCGGACAAUCAAUACAUGUGUCUGGCGUCAAUAGUUACGUCGCCGUAAAUAAUGCUAAUUUCCCAUCAUGCCUUAGAGAUAUCAGAUCAUGCUCCUCGGGUUUCACAAUCAACCUAAAUGUCAUGUUCGGCAAGUUGGAGGAAAAGACCUAUAUCAUCUCCAAUGGUGGCGAUCGCCCGGAUGGAAUAGGCCUUGCUCUGUAUUACGCCAACAAGCAACUACAUUACAUUGUAUCUACCGAUACCCUGCUGUGGAGCUUACAAACUACUACCAAUCUGGUGAUGAACGUCUGGCAGCAUCUUGAAAUCUCGUGGAGUUCUACCCUCGGAAUCGAACUUCUAAACAAUGGCCAGCUGAUUGGAAGCACAACGCGUCCACAGCCCCGCCCCCAAACGCCUCAAAUCGUACAAAGGGAGAUAACACUGGGUUAUGGUUACGUCAGCACAUCCAUGGAGGUAUCCUUAACAUUCAAUGGUCUGAAAACAUACGACGCAAAGAGGACAGACUUGGUGAACCAAGGCGUCAUUAACUUACCAUCCUCAACAACGAGUACUACAAAACCGACUGUACCAUCCUCAGGAAUAAUUCAACAGCUGUUUGAGUUUCAAAGUAUUGUUGGAAGCACCAUUCAAACGACUUCGUCCUUGGUGCUAAAUAUACAUGGUCACGUGACAUUGUCAAACACCCAAUCAGGAGGGAAGGCGGUCGUAUUGAAUGGAACCAAUACCUACGUAUCCAUUGACAACAAUAAAUUCCAAUCAUGUCUUAAAGAUAUCGAUUUAUGUACCCACGGCUUUACAAUAAGUUUGGAUGUCUUAACUAAAAAUCUCGAAAACAAUACAUAUAUAUUAUCUAACGGGGGUGAUCUAGAAAACGGAAUGGGCGUGGCAUUGUUAUAUAUCAACAAUGAAAUAAAAUUGGUCGUCAGCACAAGAUCGCAGAUCUGGAUUAUUCAAGUCAAGAAUUUUCUUCAAAUGAAUAUCGUGCACAAAUUGGAAAUUUCUUGGAGCAUAACAACUGGAUCAAAGCUAUACAAUAACGGUAUACUUGUCGGGGAAGCAACCAAUAACAUCCGGACUACACCUGGAAUGACAGUCAAUGACCUCUCUAUAGGAUACGGAUUCUCAUCAGUACACACGACCGUUUCCAUGGAGAUAUAUAGCCUAAUGGUAGUUGAUUACGAACGCUCCUAUCUUAUCCAACAUGGCAUUUGGACAACAAUGACAACGAAACCAAGCACCACUCCAAUUGCCCUGACAACGAAGACAUCAACUCCAGUUACAACGAAAGCUCCCAUUCACUCGUUGGACUUUACCUUCAUAGCAAUAAAAGACAACCUUUUGAUAACGCCUUUGCACAACUUCACCGUGUAUGGGAAACCUAGCAUUGUACCGGAAGUAAACGGUAGUGCCGUGCUUGUGCUGAAUAAGACUGGACAGUACGUGGAACUCCCAAAUACAGGCAUUCAAUGCCUUCAAGAUCUCACUUCCUGUGACAAUGGAUUUACAUUGAAUGUAGAAAUAAAAUUCCUUAACUCUACCAUCACCGAUAAACAAUACAUCUUUUCGAGUGGAGGUGAUCUGCUGAACACUUCCGGUAUAUCACUCUAUCUAUGGAAAGGGGAGUUAUAUUGUGCAGUGAAGUGGAACAGGUGGUUAUGGACUUCGAAAUCGAAAAUUGAAUUUAACCACAUCGAAUGGCAUAAAUACCAAGUUUCCUGGAAUGAAGUUGACGGGUUUAUUGUAUACGUCGAUGGUAAUCUGUUUAUGAACCAUACAAUAAAAUUCCCCAAUCCAAGCCAACCGGAUAUCCAUUCUCUACUUAUUGCUAAGGGCCACGGUUCAUCCAGCACCACCUUCCUUGAUAUCAGAAACCUGUUUGCCUGGACGGCGUCACGUGAUGUUCUCAUUCACGAACAUAUAAUUCAAGAGUAUACUACUGUUAAGACAACACCAACUACAACAACUAAACAACCAACAGCAGCCCCAACAACACCUUCAACAACGAAAGCACCGACAACGAAAGCACCGACAACAAAGACAUCGACAACAAAGACACCGACAACAAAGACACCGACAACAAAGACACCGACAACAAAGACACCGACAACGAAGACACCGACAACGAAGACACCGACAACAAAGACACCGACAACAAAGACACCGACAACAAAAGCACCGACAACAAAGACACCGACAACAAAGACACCGACAACAAAGACACCGACAACAAAAGCACCGACAACAAAGACACCGACAACAAAGACACCGACAACAAAGACACCGACAACAAAGACACCGACAACAAAGACACCGACAACAAAGACACCGACAACAAAGACACCGACAACACCUUCAACAACAAAGACACCGACAACAAAGACACCGACAACAAAGACACCGACAACACCUUCAACAACAAAGACACCGACAACACCUUCAACAACAAAAGCAACGACCACAACUCCAGCAACUACACCAACAACGACUGAAGCUUGUUAAGAUUCAAAUCAACCUAUUACGACAAUGGCAACAACUCCAACAACAAAGAAGGCAACAACUCCAACUACAAUGAAGGCGACAACUACAGAUGUUUGUCAAAAAGGCUGGAUCUGCAGAGAUGAUAUCACGACUCCAACUCCAACGACUACAAAGAAACCCACAACAACUACACCUACCACCACUACUCCACGGCCAACUACGGCUAAACCCACUCCAAAACCUACAACAAAAGCGCCGACGACACCUGAGCCUACCUCGCCUCCAACCACUACGCCACGCCCGACUAAACCUGGACUUCCUAUCUACAAUGUCCGUCCUAGUAUCCGACCUGGAGUGGACGGACAGGGAGCGGCAUUCUUCACAUGCUCAUUUGAAAAGUCAUUCCAGGAAAAUGUGGAAUUUAUUGUCUGCCUCAACAUAAAUGGAAACUGUGAACUAAUGAAUAUAGUGUCUGGGUUGACGGAUAAUUACAAAUUUACUGUCGCAAGCAUCAACGACAAUCUUUACAACAAAAGGGUAUUUAACCUUUAUACCUGA